CUCAGUAGUGUAGUUUAUGUUUCUUGCAGGAUGAGAUGCAGUCAGCUGUACAAUGCCCAUAACAUGGAGGAGGCAGGGGCUGCAGUGCUGUACCACAGGACAGUGUGGGGCUGUGGACACCUGGCAUGCAGUUAGCAGUGAAGUCAAUGCGCCCUCCUCCUAGUGUUCUUUAAUCAGGGCUCUCACCUGUCCCUUCAUGUUUUGUAGAGAUCAGUGGUGACAAGUGACAGAUCCAGGCACAAACAUGGAGGCACAAGGCAUAUGGAACAUCAACGAUCACUGCUUAGCUCCUUACUCGGACGAUGAUGAGCUCAAGGAAGCUGUUAUAAAGUCCAUUGCAUAUAAGGACACAGACCGAUCAUAUGCAGUGGUUACAUUUUUGGAUGCCAGAGAAAAGAAGGUUCCUUUUUUACAGCUUUGUAAAGUCUCCGACAGCUCCUGGAACACAUCCAUGUUUGAUGAUGAAGAUCUGGAGAAACCUAAUUUCCCAGGCAGGAAACCUACAUCCCCUGCAGAAGAUUUUCCAUUAUCAGACAAUGGAAUUUGUGUUCCUUACACCAUCAAUCGAUAUUUACGAGACUACCAAAGAGAAGGUGUCCAGUUCAUCUAUGAACACUAUGCUCGAUCAAGAGGAUGCAUACUUGGCGAUGACAUGGGUCUUGGAAAGACGAUACAGGUCAUAUCAUUCCUAGCCGCAGUGUUACACAAGAAGGGUACACGAGAAGACAUUGAAAACAAUAUGCCUGAAUUUCUGCUGAGUACAAUGAGAAAGGAACAGUUAGCAUCGUUCACUAAAAAGGUAUUUCUGAUUGUUUCGCCUUUAUCGGUGCUUUUCAACUGGAAAGAUGAGCUUGAGACAUGGGGAUAUUUUAAAUUGACAGUCAUACAUGGAAACCGGAAAGAUUUUGAACUAGUGCGACUAAGACAAGGAAAAUAUGAAAUAGCUUUAACUACCUAUGAGACACUUCGUCUGUGUUUAGAUGAUCUAAACAGUAUAGAGUGGUCAGCUGUUAUUGUAGAUGAGGUGCAUAAACUAAAAAAUCCAAAGGCAAGAGUGACCGAGGUAAUGAAAGCUUUAAGGUGCAAAAUUCGUAUUGGACUUACUGGGACCAUACUACAGAAUAAUAUGGAGGAGUUGUGGUGCGUUAUGGACUGGGCAGUGCCUGGAUGUUUAGGCGGCAAAAACCAUUUCAUUGAAGAAUAUUCACAUCCUAUAGAACUCGGCCAGAGGCAUAAUGCCACCAAGCGGGAACUAGCCACAGGAAGAAAAGUUAUGCAAAAGUUGGCAUUGAAAAUGUCUUCAUUGUUCCUAAGACGUAACAAGGCACUUAUAAGCAACCAGUUACCAAAAAAGGAAGAUCGGAUAGUUUACUGUUCCAUGUCAGAGUUUCAGAAGGCAGUUUACCAAGCAGUCCUGGAGACUCCAGAUGUCAGCUUGGUUCUUCGAGGAAGUGAACGGUGCAGUUGUGGUAGUGGCAAGAGAAGAAGAAAUUGUUGUUAUAAAAAAAAUCAAUAUGGUGAAAGUGUGAAGACGAUAUAUUUCAGCUACCUGGCUAUUCUUCGAAAGGUUGCAAACCAUGCCGCUCUGCUCCAGUCGGACUCGAACACAAGCAAAAAGCAAGAAGAUCAUAUCCGUAGAAUCUGUAGUGAGGUAUUUUCCAAGUUUCCAGAGUUUAUACAGCAAAGUAAAGAAUCUGCAUUUGAAACAAUCUCUGACCCAAAAUACAGUGGAAAAAUGAAGGUCCUUCAGCAGCUCUUAAAUCACUGCAGAAAAAACAAGGACAAGGUUCUUCUUUUCUCCUUCUCCACAAAGCUGCUUGGUGUUUUAGAGCGAUAUUGUAUGGCUUCAGGUCUGGAAUAUCGGAGGCUUGAUGGAGGCACGAAGGCAGAAGAUAGAGUUAAAAUAGUGAAGGAAUUUAACAGUAUGCAAGAUGUGAAUAUAUGCUUAGUUUCCACUAUGGCUGGUGGACUUGGCCUCAAUUUUGUUGGAGCAAAUGUAGUUGUAGUCUUUGACCCAACUUGGAAUCCGGCCAAUGACCUUCAGGCAAUUGACAGAGCUUAUCGAAUUGGACAGUGUAGAGAUGUAAAAGUCUUAAGGUUAAUAUCACUCGGAACAGUGGAGGAAAUCAUAUAUUUAAGGCAGAUUUACAAACAGCAACUUCACUGUGUGGCAAUUGGGAGUGAAAAUGCCAAACGCUAUUUUAAAGCUGUACAAGGGUCGAAGGAGCAUAAAGGAGAAUUAUUUGGUGUUCACAAUCUGUUCAAAAUGAGAAUCCAGGGAACCUGCCUGACCAGGGAUAUUUUAGAGCGUGAAGGUCAAGUAGAAGCUGGAAUUAUAAGUUCCACUGUGUAUGUGAGUCAGCAAUCCAAUUCAAAUGAUGCGGAUGCAGUUUCUGAUGGCAGUAAGACAGCCAUGAAUGUAAAAUCAAUUCAACCCAUUCAGAAUGAGGCCUUUGAUUUUAGUAGUGAAAGCGAUAAUGAUAAGGAAACAACGAAAAAAGGAAACAAAAUCACUGUGAAUGCUGAAAAUGGAAAGCAGCUUACGCUCCAGCAGUGUGGACUUUCAGCACUUCUACAGAAAUUACCCGAGCAGUCAUAUAAAAGUAAAUUAGAUGAAUCUAGUACAUGUAAAGAUGACAAAAUAGCCAAAACGGUAAUUAUUCAGAGUUGUAUAAGUAACCUUGAUCAAAAUCAUGGAAUCAGCAAACAUAACUGGAAGAUUUCAUCUGACACUGAUGAAGAAUCCUACUCAGCAAAAGAAAAAAAGAAGUUUCCUAAAGCCAUGCAUGCAGUUAUAGAAGCCAUGAGUAGCCCAAAUGAGAAUGAUGACAUUGUCCUUCCUACACAAGUCCAUAAAAGCGGAGGAAUAACCCUAAAGUCUGAAAAAGUCAAGUUUCCUAUUCAACAGGCAACAGACUCUAGUGACGAAUGCAUUAGUGAUGAGUCUGAUGACAUUCCAAUACCAAGUAAAUCACUAAAUAAAGCCAAUUUUUCAAGCUUAAAACAUAAACAUUGUGAUAGAAAUUCCCAAACAAUUGAAGCAUUUUCCUCAUCUGAUGAUGAUCAGCUUCAGAGCAAGAAGAUGUGUAUUGCACCGAAAACCAGAAAGGUUAAAAAACCAAAUCGAAUAGAGAAAUGGAACCCUUUCAGAAGAAAAGAAGAUCACUGUGUCAGUAAAAGCAAAGUUGAAAAGCAUGUGGGGACUCUAGACCAAAUUUUAGAUGGCGUUGCUGAAGUUGCCUUCAUUCAUUCAAACCAAAAUGUGGUUGGAUCAAGCAGAGCGGAGAAUCACAUGAGCCGUUGGGCAGUACAAGAUGUGUUUGAAUUCAAUCAGUUUUCCCAGCUUCCUGCCAAUGUUACAUCACACACAGCAGAGAAAUGUAAUUUGACCAACGAAAAUGGACUUUCACAACAAAGUGGGGUUGACGCACCUGAGGACAUUCGCUCUAAUCCAGUGAUCCACAAAGAGAAAAAAGUCCUUCAGGCUGGUGACACUAUGUUUUUGGUGGGCGAUACACCUAAAGUAAUUAGAAAGAGACAUUUUGAGCAAAUGGUGACAUACUUCAACAUGGCUUCUGCAGAAGAGCUUGCUCAACAUCUUGUUAAUGUGAAGUCACAUAUAAGACAAGCCAUGCUUAGAGAAUUUUAUACUAAAAGAUAUUCUGAGGUGGAAGAUCUUUACCCAAAUAAUCAAAUUCCAACAAUUGCAAAAGAAAUGAAAGACAGUAAAUCUAAGGUAAAGAAUAACAUAAUCAAAAUGAAAAAAAGAAAGAAAUAUGGAACUGUAUCUCCAAAGUGCGUGAAUAAGAAAGACAUAUCUGUGGAUUUAGAUAGUAGUGAUGAGAUUAAGAUGACAAAAAAGGAUGUUCUCACAUACAGGAGGAAUACUGAACCAUCUCUAAGUCUGUCCAUGGAAAAGAGUAGUAGUUGCCAUGAAAGUAAACAGUCUCUACACACAGACUUGAAAGAGACAGAACCUAGUACAGGUUUUUCCAAAGAUAUGAACUAUUUCACAGAAGGUCAGUUGUUCAACCGUGAAGAUCUGCCGGAAAAAAUAAAGAAAGACUCUGUUGCUGAACUCCUUGGUGACACAUCAAUAUUGGAGGAUCUUUUUGCCCCUCAGGGCAGUCAUCGCUCUGCUGUCCCAAUGAUGCCUUCUCAGGGUGAACCUUCAACAACCAAACCAAGGCACCGUUCUAAAGACUUCUGGGAUAUUCUCAGUGAACAAAAUGAUGAAACUAUCAACAGACUCACUGACUUAUCUGUAAUUCAAAAAGUUUGUGAGACUUCAAUUUUGCCUUCAGUUUCUAAAAAGGACAGCUGGAACGAUUCGCUUUGGGCAAAGAAUGAAAAGUUCUUGUGGAGGAAGAAGGAAAAUCCACAAGACUGACAUCAAGAUUGUAAUUCAUUAGUUCGGUAUUGUGUAGAUUCAUUGUGCUGCCACUGUGAUCAACAUUAUGGAAUUGAAUGUACUAGGAUUUUUUUUUUAAAUGGGUCACAAACCAUACCAUUUUUGUUCAUGGGCUGUUUCUGGUAAUGCCAUGCAUUGUUAUGUUCACACUGUAAAACAAAUAGCAAAAUAUGUCCAUAAAAUACAUUUGUUUUAAUCUAGUAAUGAAAGCCUUUGAUAAAAGUGGUACACACUGUUUAAAAAAAAAAAAAAAAAAAACAUUGGAAUUACAGACUUUUUUUUUUUUUUUUUUUACUGACCUAUUUUUGCCUUAAUUUUACACUGUGAACAUAGCCUUAACUUGAAUAGGACUGAGCUGUAAUACCAGUUUACAACUAGAGACAAGUGUUGGUGCCUUGUCAGAUGCUACUUGUUAUGAAAAAACAAACAUUAGCUAAAAAGACACCUUCAAACAUUUUAUUGUUUUAGUCAUACUUAUUUUAGUUUUGUCCGUUUUUAUCUCUAUGCAAUUAAGUUUAUGUUCAUAGACUUUGAAGUUGUUUUCUCUCCUAUUUCCACUUGUUUGUGGAAAGCAAUUAUAAGUAUACCCCUAGAGGUGUUAAGACUUAAAUAUUUUAAAACACUAUAGUAAGUACAAGCACUCUUUUUAAUGUGUAGGUAAUUUAGAUUAAACAAAGCAUUGACACUUUGAUAUAACAUUAUUUUCCUUCCUCCAGAGUAUUACAAAAGUUACAUUAUUUAUGCACAGAACUAAUUAGCAGAUGUAUUGGGCCAAAUGAAAUACCAUGGCCUUUGCACAUCUUCUAUUCGCAAACCUAAACUUGCCAGUUGACCAGAAGGAUUUAUGCAGCUCCAGAAUAAAUUACAAAAUAUAUUUGACUAACUUUCAGUAUACACAUUUUGUUUUAAAUAUGCUGCUCUUCAUACUUUUCUAAAAACAUCUUUUAAAUUAUUGUCAUUAUGCCAUUUAAUUAAUAUUUUUUUUUUAUAUUUCUUUUUGAACAAUAGCUGCUGCAUAAAUGUAUAGGAACCAUGAAUCUAAAUAUUGGUCGCAGUUUUUACAUUUAAAAAUUCUUCUCAAAUGUGUGACAACAGUGUUAACCCCUUAAGGACCAAGCCCAUUUUCACCUUAAGGACCAGAUCAUUUUUUGAACCUCUACCACGUUAAGCAUUAAUAACUCUAGGAUGCUUUUACUUAUGAUUUUGAUUCCGAGAUUGUUUUUUCAUGACAUAUUCUACUUUAACAUAGUGGUAAAUUUUUGUCGAUAGUUGCAUAAUUUCUUGGUGAAAAAUUCCCAAAUUAACCCCUUAAGGACUAAGCCCUUUUUCACCUUAAGGACCAGAGCAUUUUUUGAACAUCUGACCACUGUCACUUUAAACAUUAAUAACUCUGGAAUGCUUUUACUUAUCAUUCUGAUUCCGAGAUUGUUCUUUCGUGACAUAUUCUACUUUAACAUAGUGGUAAAAUUUUGUGGUAACUUGCAUCCUUUCUUGGUGAAAAAUCCCCAAAUUUGAUCAAAAAAAUGAAAAUUUUGCAUUUUUCUAACUUUGAAGCUCUCUGCUUGUAAGGAAAAUGGAUAUUCAAAAUAAAUUUUUUUUGGUUCACAUAUACAAUAUGUCUACUUUAUGAUUGCAUCAUAAAAUUUAUGAGUUUUUACUUUUGGAAGACACCAGAGGGCUUCGAAGUUCAGCAGCAAUUUAUACAUUUUUCACAAAAUUUUCAAACUCACUAUUUUUCAUUGACCAGUUCAGUUUUGAAGUGGAUUUGAAGGGUCUUCAUAGUAGAAAUACCCCAUUAUAAAAACUGCACCCCCCAAAGUAUUCAAAAUGACAUUCAGUAAGUGUUUUAACCCUUUAGGUGUUUCACAGGAAUAGCAGCAAAGUGAAGGUGAAGAUUCAAAAUCGUCAUUUUUUACACUCACAUGUUCUUGUAGACCCAAUUUUUUAAUUUUUGCAAGGGGUAAAAAGGAGAAAAUUUUUACUUGUAUUUGAAAGCCAAUUUCUCUCUAGUAAGAACACACCUCAUAUGUCCAUGUAAAAUGUUCGGCAGGCGCAGUAGAGGGCUCAGAAGGGAAGGAGCGACAAAUGUUUUUUGGGGGGCAUGUCACCUUUAGGAAGCCCCUAUGGUGCCAGAACAGCAAAUGGCAUACUAUUUUGGAAACUAGACCCCUCGGGGAACAUAACAAGGGGUAAAGUGAACCUUAAUACCCCACAGGUGAUUCACGACUUUU